AUGGUGGCUUUCCUGUUUAGUCUAGUCUGUAUUGGCAUUGUUUCAGCUCACGAUGAGGUAACUUCGCUCUUGGCUGACUUGAUUGAGCGGCCUGUCAAUCGAAUUGAGAAUACUGCUGAGUUUUGUGUUGAUCUACAGAAGAGGCAUGUAAGUUAAGGUAGUGGUUAUGGUUUUAGACGGGGAAGGAGUGGUAAGGUACUGGUAGAGAGGUGGAGUAAAAGUGAGGUGAAUUGUAAGAGAUGGAGCGGGGAGGCGGGGGGGAUGUUUUUAUACAGCUUUUAAAUGACGGGAGGAGAGGGUAUGGGCAAUUUUUGAAAACGGUAUAGCUAAAUAGCUAAACAUUUUUUUUAAAUACUAAUUCUGACUAUUUUAGAUACCGAACGCCAAUUGCACGGUUCUCUUCAUAAGUAUGGCUGAUAAAGAGUAAGUUGUAAUUCUAACCUUAGCCAAGAGCCCUAGCCCAGAGCCCUAGCCCAGAGCCCUAGCCCAGAGCCCUAGCCCAAAACCCUAGCUCCCUAGCCCAGAGCCCUAGUCCAGAGCCCUAGCCCAGAGCCCUAGCUCCCCUAGGGCAGGGCACCACGCUUUACGUCAAAACCUGCCCCCGCUUCCAGAACAAAAGUCCCCGCCCGCCCUUUGGUAUACCCCUAGCGUUAGCCUAAGUCUAAGCUUAAGUUAUAGCCUAAACUCCGCCCUUAUACCUACCAUAGUUUCAGCUUAAGAAUUUUUUAUACUUUUUUUCAUAUUGACAUUUGCAGAUACGCCUGGGCGCAGCAAAACGAAAUGUCAUCGUUCAUUCAAAGUCUGCCCAACUCUGUCAAAAACCAAACAGCAAAACAAGUGACCACUUUCACUGAGAACCUCCCCCCGAAAUGUAACCAAACGCUUGAGGUAAGGUAAGGCGGGUAAAGAGGCUUGAGGUGAGAUAGGGCAGGGUAAAGUAUAUAAAUAGUAGAGUGUACUGUAAUUAAUAAUGUUUUAUGUUUCAGUACCUUAUGAGGAACGGUGUAGUAAGUUCUAAGCUUACUUUAUAGUAUAGUGUAUGGUACGAUGCAAAAUAGGAUAUUGUAAAAUAGGAUACAGUAUGCCAGGGUAAGGUAGAUUAUAAACUACUGGUAGGGUAGGGUACUGUAAGGUAGAAUACUGUAGGUCGGAGUGAGAUACAGUAAGGCAGGAUACUGUAAGGUAGAAUACUGUAGGUCGGAGUGAGACACUAAGGCAGGAUACUGUAAGGUAGAAUACUGUAGGCCGGAAUGAGAUACCGUAGGGUAGGAUACUAUAAAGUAGAAUACGGUACAUCGGAGUAAGAUACCGUAGGGUAGAAUACUGUAAACUAUAAUAGAAUACUGUAGGCCGGAAUGAGAUACCGUAGGGUAGGGUAUUGUAAAGUAGAAUACUGUAGGUCCGAGUGAGAUACUGUAGGGCAGGAUACUGUAGACCUGAGUGAGAUACCGUAGAGUAGGAUACUGUAGACCGGAGUAAGAUACUGUAGAGUAGGAGACUGUAGGUUGGAAUAAUUUAAAGUUCGGGUAGGACACGGCUAAAAUCGCUAUUUUUAACAAGUUCAUGUUUCAGGUUGAUUUUUACUGUCUGAUUCAACUGAUAAGCGUGGUGUACAUGAGUCCACAGGAAGACUCGUCGAUUGCCGUCUGUUCGCCGUGCCGUUCCACAUCGCACGUUUUGCAAGCACUGUUAACUAGCCCUAAAGAAGUUUACUUUGAAGCGACGGGAAAAACGAAUUUUGAAUUUUAUAGGUAUCAAUACUUUGAUCAUCCAUAUGAAAUGGCAGUCAACUACAGCAAAGACGAGGUCCUACUUCAAAGCAGCGCCGACCAGUUUAAUGGGCACGAAACUAAGGUAGGUUGAGAGUACUGUAGUAGUGCAAAUAAUGUACAGUAUGAUAAGAUCAGUAGCGUCAGUUACCAUGAGAUACAACAGGUUAAGGUACUGGAAGCUGCAGUAGGUUAAGGUAUUGUAGGAUAGGUCACAGUAAUGCAAGUAGGGUACAAUACGGUAAGACAUAGCACGAUAAAAUGCUGCAAAGACUAGCCGCCGGGAGCUGCAGUAGUAUACGGUAGAUCAGGCUAAGUAGAAAGCAAUAAUUUACAGUAGGGUGGAUAAGGUAGGAGAAGGUAAGUUACAGUAGGGUGGAUAAGGUAGAGGGAGGUAAGUUAAAGUAGGGAAUUGUAGUACAUGGUGCAAGAGGUACGGUAGAAAAUAGUAGGUUACAGUAGUGUAACUGAUUUUAUCGUACUAAACAGUAAUGUCCAGUACAAUAAAAUUAGUAAGGUCAGGUAAAAUAAGAUAGAACAGGGUAAGGUACCGUAGGAAACAGUAUGAUAAGGUACCGCAGUAUACAGUAAGAUAUACAACCAGGUCCGGCACAAUACGUAGAGUUUGAUACUAUAAGAUACAGCGUGAUAAGGUACUGUAGGAAACUGUAGGAUUAGGUACUGUAGUAUACGAUAGAGUAGGUAAGGUGGGGUACGUAGGACAGAUACGUUAGGAUAGGGUUAGUAAGAGUGAAUUAAGGAUUAUAUUAAUUUGAAUAUUAAAACUACUGUAAUUCGUUUGUUUUUAGUACUACGGUAUAGAGAUGAAAUUUACGCUUCUCCCGUUGGAGUCCGAUCGUUACCAGGUCGAAUUAAAUUACUCAAUGACCAAAUCGGACCAAAAGAAGUACGAUUGUGAUCAGAACGAAAAGGAAAUGUACUUUGACCAACUGCUUGGAAACACCGUUACUGUAAGUGUGUGUUGAAAGGGGGGGGGGGAGAGAGGAGCAAGGAUAACAGGGAAAAGCGUCGCAGUGGCGGUCGGUGGAGUAGUCAAUGAGUUGAGCACAUUAUAUAAGGUGGGAUAAGGUAAGCUAGGGUAGGAAGGGUAGAAGAAGUAGGGCGUGGGCAAGAAAAUGCAUUUUUAUGUUAGUGUACGACAAUUGGGGGUAGAGUAUAAUAUUGGAGAAGUACGGGUGGGAUAGGAUAAGGCGUAGGGUACAGUAGGCUGAAGUCGGAUACUGUAAGGUACGUUAAGUUAGGAUAAUGAGAUAUGGAGUUGGGUACUGUAAGCCGUUAUAAGGUAACGUAAGAUCGGGCAGAGCACGGCACAUUAGGAAACGAAAAGGAUACUGUAAAAUAGAGUAAGGUAUUGUCAGGCCGGGUAAGAUAUGAAAAUGCAAGGCAAGACAAGGCAAGACAGGACAGUAUACGUUAUAUAACACUGCCAUUUCAGAUCAGUUGCUACUUUGACAGAACGAAAAACGUGCCAAUGUUAACUCUGCCACAACGAAUUCAAUCCUUUCACAUGGGGUUUGUCAACUGUACAUACGAUCCAAGCAAAACGUGUUUGUCAGAUGUCGUCGCUUACUACUUGGCAUACUGUGAGAGAACGUUCAGUAUCGUACCUUAUAAUCGUACCAAUGGCUUUAUGUGUAGUGCUUACUAUAACAAGAAUGGUGUAGCGAUCGAUGAUGGUAAGUACUUACCCUACCCUACCCUACCCUACCCUACCCUACCCUACCCUACCCUACCCUACCCUACCCUACCCUACCCUACCCUACCCUACCCUACCCUACCCUACCCUACUCUACCCUACUCUACCCUACCCUACCCUACCCUACCCUACCCUACCCUACCCUACCCUACCCUACCCUAUCCUACCCUACCCUACCCUACCCUACCCUACCCUACCCUACCCUACCCUACCCUACCCUACCCUACCCUACCCUACCCUACCUUACCUUACCCUACCCUACCCUACCCUACCCUACCCUACCCUAUCCUACCCUACCUAUUCUGAAUUAUUCCAACCUGAGUCUUCUACUCUACAGUAUCUUACUCCGGUCUACAAUAGCCUACCCUACAGUAUUCCACUCAGGUCUACAGUAUCUUGCUCUACGGUAUCUCACUCAUGUCCACAGUAUCCUGUUCUACGGUAUCUCACUCCGACCUACAGUAUCUCACUCCGGCCUACAGUAUUCUACUUUACAGUAUUCUACCCUACGGUAUUUCACUCGGACCCACGAUAUUCUGCCUUACAGUAUCUUACCCUACGAUAUCUCACUUCGAUCUACAGUAUUCUAUUUUACAGUACCUUAGCCUAACUUAAUGUUUUUUACUUCGACUUACAUUACCCUACCAUACAAUAUCUUAAUUUGUCUUAAACUAUAAUUUUCAAUUCCAGUUAUGAACGCGGUUACGGUAAUUGAUGGUGCUCCAAUCCUAGAACCUUACAGUAAUAGUUCGGACAUCAAAUGUACUCUACAGUUCAUCGAGUUUAUGCAUACAACUCAGUCAAGCUCACAUGAUAUCUACGCGAAACGCUACGUACGACUCGGUUGUAGUUGUUACUUUGGUUACAAUGGAAUAUGUGAUCAUGAUAUGAGUCCCAAUAUGACACAAGAACAAAUGGAUUCGAUACCGGUGGGUGGGGUCGGGGUAGAGGUAUUGCUGGGAGUAGGGGUAGGGGUAUUGCUGAGAGUAGAGGUAGGGGUAUUCCUGGGAGUAGGGGUAUUACUAAAAGUAGAAGUAGAAGCAAAGAUACUACUAAGGGUAGGCGUAUUGCAAUGAGUACGGGUAGGGGCAGGGGUAUUACUAAAGGUAGAGGUAGGGUUAUUAUAAAGGGUAGGGGUAGGAGUAGGAGUAGAGGUAUGAGUCUUACUAAGGAUAUUAGUAGGUACUGCUAGAUGUAUGGGUAGAUGCAAUGGUGUUAUAAAAGGUAGAGGUAUUACUAAGGGUAGAGGUCAGGGUAUUAUAAAGGGUAGGGGCAGGGGUAUGAUCUGGACUAGAGCUUUGGGCUAGGGCUCUGGGCUAGGACUCUGGGUUGAGCUCUGGGCUAGGGCUCUGGGCUAAGCUCUGGGCUAGGGCUCUGGGCUAGGGCUCUGGGCUAGGGCUCUGGGCUAGGACUCUGGGCUAGGGCUCUGGGAUAGGGUAGGGCAAAUUAUAUAAGUAUGAUAAAAAUUCAUGUGGAGCAUAUUUUAGGCAACAAAAUGCUACACCACGCGUCAAGAUGAACAAAAGGCGGAAGUUGAUGGAUAUUAUGGCUACUGCGCUGCGAAUACAACAGCCGAUGGUUAUUAUCAUUAUAAAGCGAUUGACACGGAGAUUAGCAAUACAGAUGCGUGUUAUCGAAUUAACCAUGGCCGAUUGGCUAUUUGUGUUUUAAUGUGGGUUCAAGCUUUGAAAUUUAAAAUAAAAAUUUUGCUUUUGAAUUUUAUUUAAAUUUUAAUGUCAUUUUUAUUUUUUUGAUUUUUUUAAAAUUUUUUUUUAUUUUUAAAACUUUUUAAAAUUUUUGUAAUUUAGAAUUUUUUUUUAUUUUAAUAUUGAAUUUUUUAUUAUUUUUUAAUUUUUAAAACUUUUUUAAAUUUUUUUUAAAUUUUAGUGACGGCACCUGCCAAUGUUGUUGUAAAGCCGUGUCGGCUAGGCGAUGUAAUGACGAGUUCAAAGAAGGCGGUUUGUACUACAACGAAAGUGUUAACUGCGAGAAUGACAAGAAGUUUGGACCUUUUCAAAUACAGUAUCCCAAUAUUCAAGCGAGUUUUAGCCCUAGCCCACAGUUCUAGCUCAGAGCCCUAGCCUAGAGCCUUAGGCUAGAGUCUUAGUUCACAGCCCUAGCCUAGAGCCCUAGCCCAGAGCCCUAGCCCAGAGCCUUAGCCCAGAGCCCUAGCCCAGAGCUCUAGCCCAGAGCCCUAGCUCAGAGUCUUAAUUCUAGCCCAGAGCUUGAGCUCAGAGCCCUAGCCUUAGCUCAAAACCCUAGUUUAGAACUUGCAGUCUAGCUUACCCUUACGUCUAUAUGUUAGUCUAGCCUUCCUUAAUUACCUUUAUCUUUAUACGUUAGGCUGGCCUAACACUAACUCCCUCUACACCUAUGCAUUAGCCUUUUUUUUCUUUUACGUUAGUCUACCCUACAUAUACUUCUAUCUUAGCAAAAACUUCCUUUACAAAAUUUUAAUUCAAUUUUCUUUAAUUUUUAGAGUUUCCCUGAUUAUUGGCCAUAUUCCUCGAGGCGAUUCAUCUCUUUGUCGGAUCUGCGAGAUACAAACAGAGAAUACGAAAAACUCUAUGGCUAUUUCGUACUCGAUGUCAGGACACUUUUAAUCGAUUAUUUGGGUAAGCUUUGGCGUUAUUUUCAAUUUUUAGUUUUGUAAAGAAAGUUCUUGCCAUUUCUUGGUUUGUAAAGAAAGUUAUUGCCAUUUUUUAUUUUGUAAAGAAAGUUCUUGCCAUUUCUUGGUUUGUAAAGAAAGUUAUUGCCACUUCUUGGUUUUUAAUGAAAGUUAUUGCCAUUUUUUAUUUUGUAAAGAAAGUUCUUGCAAUUUCAGGUUUUGUAGGCCAACGUAUGUCUUGUCUUCCGCAGCUUGCACUAUACAAAAUUUGGUUUUUUUUAAAUGGCGAUAACUUUCUUUACAAGAUAAAAAGUGGCAAAAACUUUCUUUAAAAAGUAAAAAAUGACAAGAACUUUCUUUACAACACAAAAAAUAGUAAGAAAUUUCUUCGCAAGACAAAAAAUGACAAGAACUUUCUUUACAAACCAAGAAAUGGCAAGAACUUUCUUUACAAACCGUAAAAUAACAAGAACUUUCUUUACCAUUUAAAAAAAUGUUAUUCAUCGUAUAACUUGUCACUCGCAGCCUGCAAAACCAAAAAAAUACAAUUUCCAGGUAUCUACAACCAAGUACGACAUAGCCAAAGUCAUCGAGACGAAGAUACGCUGACCCGAACCGAGCGGCUAGCCAACACCCAAUGCAAUAACAUUGGGAAAUGGCGUCUAUCUCAAAUGACAUCGCGCAGUAAAUGCUUUACUCUAUCCCGAUGGACUUUACUAUGUUGUACUGGGAAGCAGGAGAUGUACGAAAUACUGGUCGAUUUGACUAAUGUGAUACUGGAAGAGCUGCAAAUAGAAAGAUUCAGAGCCCUGAGCUACAGAGAGACGUCUUGGAUUGAUAAGGAUAUAGUACAGAGCGAAGACGAGAUUAAAGAUGAGAUUAGUGAUAAGGGUGAUGGAAAAGGUGGAUGA